CGAAAGCAUGCAGCCAAACACGCGCUGAAAACAUGGCUACUUUUGGGGAAAUUCAAUCUGGCAAUUUGGGCCAAAAUUUAUACGAAAAACUCGAGAAUUGUAAGGUAUUAGUAGUUGGAGCCGGCGGAAUUGGUUGUGAACUGCUUAAAACACUCGUUCUAACCGGUUUCAACGAUAUAGAAGUCAUUGAUUUAGACACGAUCGAUGUGAGCAAUUUGAACCGACAAUUUUUGUUCCAAAAACAACAUGUCGGCAAGUCUAAAGCGAAUGUAGCACGUGAAAGUGCGAUCGAGUUCAAUCCUGAAGCGAAAAUCAAGGCGUACCACGAUAGCAUCACUAGCCCAGAUUAUGACGUUAACUUCUUUAAAAAGUUUUCGGUCGUUUUGAAUGCUUUGGAUAACCGAGUCGCAAGGAAUCAUGUGAACCGGAUGUGUCUAGCCGCUGGUGUGCCAUUGGUUGAAAGCGGUACGGCGGGUUACCUCGGUCAAGUGACAGUUAUCCAAAAAGGCGUGACGGAAUGUUACGAGUGUCAACCCAAACCCCACCAAAAGUCGUUCCCUGGGUGUACAAUACGAAACACGCCAUCAGAACCAAUCCAUUGCAUUGUCUGGGCAAAGCAUCUGUUUAACCAACUGUUUGGCGAAGCUGACGCAGACGAAGAGGUUUCCCCGGAUGCCGAAGACCCUGAAGCGGUCGGUGAUGCUGGCGCUGUGGCUAACAAUUCUUCAAAUGAUGAGCUACAACGUGUUUCAACGCAAGAUUGGGCAAAGAGCAUCGGAUAUGAGCCUACCAAACUUGUUCAGAAGUUUUUUAUUGAGGACAUUAAGUAUUUGUUGUCUAUGGACAAGCUGUGGAAAGAAAGAAAAGCACCAGUUCCAUUAGAUAUUGAGAAUCUUAACGAGAGUUUGUUACCGGAUAACGAGAACGGUUUGCCGGAUCAAAAAAUUUGGACAAUCAAGGAAUGUAUUGAAAAGUUCCACAGAUGUGUUGAACUAUUGAAGGAUGAGCUAACGAAAAAAGGAGAUUUUUUGGUCUGGGAUAAGGAUGACGAUGCCUCGUUAGACUUUGUUGUUUCUGCAAGUAACAUUCGUUCCCAUAUUUUUGAUAUCCCACAGAAGAGUCGUUUUGAUGUGAAGUCCAUGGCUGGCAACAUCAUCCCAGCGAUCGCGACAACAAACGCUGUUAUUUCUGGUCUUAUCGUUUUGGAAGCUCUGAAAGCCCUGCAAGGAGAUAUUGCGAAUUGUCAGACAGUAUAUCUGAACAAGAAGCCAUCGGUUCGGAAGAAAUUGUUGCAACCAUCGCCUCUUGUCGCACCAAAUCCAAAGUGCUACGUUUGUUCGACGAAACCAGAAGCUAAAGUGAUGAUGGAUUGUAGUAAGGUCACAGUGAAAUCGUUAGAAGAUAAGCUACUUAAACAACAGUUUGGUGUCAUCGCACCUGAUGUGGAAAUUGAAGAUGGCAAGGGGACAAUUUUAAUUUCAAGUGAGGAAGGUGAAACUGAUCAAAAUAACUUGAAGUUCUUGUCAGAUUUUGGAAUAACCAAUGGUUCUCGUUUGAAAAUUGAUGAUUUUCAUCAGAAUUAUGAACUUGUAUUGAACAUUGUUAAUUGUAGCAAUAUGGCUGAUGACGAGGAAUUUAAAAUCCUACAAGAUAUUGAGAAAGCUGACGAGGAAAAGGAUGGAACAGUGAAUGAAGUUGCUAACGAGAUAAUGGAAGGUAAAGAUGCUAACGAGGUAAUAAUGGAUGAAGUGGUUAAUGAGGAAGUGAAAGAAGUGAAUAAAGAUUCAAACAGGAAGAGAAAGGCUAGUGAGUCUUUUAGCGAUGAUCCCGAAUUGACCCCAAAGCAUGCUCGGAUAGACUUAACAGAUGAUAACGAGUUACAAAAUGAUGAUAACGAACGUCAGGUUUUGUUUCAUGCGAAUGGUAGUUUAGUUCCAGAAGAAUCAGAGCGUAGGUUGGAACCGGCAACUGUUAUCGACGUUGAUGCUUUGUCAGAAGAUGAAGAUUCAAAUUCUGAACCACCUGUGAUGGUAAUCGAUGAUGAUGAUGGUGAAAAUUUGAAAGUUUUGGGGGAGACAAAUGGUGAAAAAGACGAACCAGUAGUCGUGGUCCUUGAUGAUGAUUGAAGUGAACUUAAUGCUAUGAACAUUUUUAUCUCUAGAACCUUCAGUUUGAUAUAGCAGGGCUUGAAAUAACAACUGAUCAAUGAUCAGCAGGAAAUUGUUUAUGAUCUAUGGAAAAGCAGGGUUUUCGAUCUGAAAAAGCAGGCAAAGUCUUGACUGGUGAUCACCAUGAUCAGGAAUCUUGGGAAUGUUAUUUCAAGCCCUGUGUAGUUUCUAGAAACACUUGUUGUCUUUUAAAAAUGCAGAAAUAGAACUCAGAAUUUACCAUAAAUUUGCCAGUUUAUCGCUUGCUUUAUUCAUACAGUAUUCACUAUUUGAUGCAUGCAUUAUGGAGCUACAAUAUGUUUUUUUUUCUAUUUGCCAAGAUUGUUAUAACAAACUCCACUUGAUGUAAAUGCAAUAAAUAUUUUAUUGAUGUGUU